UGUUCAUUGAUCGGGCUUCACUGAGGCUGCGCAGAGCCGUGAGCUCCGCCGCCUGCUUUCUGUGUGUUUUCACUGUUGUUCAAAGCGGAGAACAAACUAAGAUGUUCAGUGUUUAACGGGAGCUAGGUUAAAUAUAUGCGGAUAAAGCCAGCCUGGGAGGAGGAAGAGGAGGAGGAGAAGAAGAAGAGGAAUAGCCGCAGGGUAAAAAAAGAGGGGCACGGGAGGAGAAGAGGAGGAGGAGGAUAGGGAGGAAAAAAAAAUCAAAAUCGGGACAGUAACGUUGACGCUAGAAUGCUUCAGAUUUGACUGAAAGAUGUCCAACGUUACCGUGGAAGCGACCAACAUGCUCCCCAUCCUUAAGAAGAAACUGGCCUUUCUGUCAGGGGGCAAAGACCGGCGCAGUGGCCUGAUCCUGACCAUCCCUCUCAGUUCAGAUCAGACCAGCAUGGAGGAGCUCAGCGCCACACUGGAUUACUUGCUCAGCAUCCCCAGUGAGAAGUGUAAGGCUCGGGGUUUUACAGUUAUUGUGGAUGGACGGAAGUCUCAGUGGAACAUCGUGAAGACUGUGGUGCUCAUGUUGCAGAAUGUGAUUCCAGCUGAGGUGUCGCUGGUCUGCGUGGUAAAGCCAGAUGAAUUCUGGGAUAAGAAAGUCACACACUUCUGUUUCUGGAAGGAGAAAGACCGCCUGGGCUUUGAGGUGAUCCUGGUUUCGGCCAAUAAGUUGACUCGUUACAUUGAACCCUGUCAGCUGACGGACGAUUUUGGAGGAAGUCUGGACUACGACCACAAUGACUGGCUCAACAAGAGAUUGGUUUUUGAGAAGUUCACUAAGGAGUCGACGUCACUGCUGGACGAGCUGUCGAUGAUCAACGACAGUGACAAAAACAGUGCAGUUGACAAGGAGAAAUCGGCUGACUGCGCCCUCUUGCCGUCCUUUGACCCCGAGACUGUCCUUCAGACCGGUCAUGAGCUGCUGUCGGAGCUGCAGCAGCGUCGUUUUAACGGCUCGGAGGGAGGAGGAGGAGGACAGGGAGGUCCAGCCUGGUGUCCUAUGGAUGAGGAGCUGCUGGCUCAGCCUCAGGUAAUGAAGCUGCUGGACUCGCUCAGAGAGCAGUACACCAGAUACCAGGAGCUCUGCAGGCAGCGAAACAAACGCACCCAGCUGGACGAGAUCCAUGCCAAGGUCAUGCAGGUGGUCACCUGGCUACAGGGACCAGGUUCAGAGCUGUUGAAGACUCAGCAGGCAAUCGGAGACUCGAUGCGAGCCGCUCAGGCCCUGCAGCAGAAACAUGAGGAGAUUGAGAGCCAGCACAGUGAGUGGUUUGCGGUGUAUGUUGAGUUGAACCAGCAGAUUGCUGCCUUGCUCAGUGCCGGGGAGGAGGAAGAGGUGGUGGAGCUAAAGGCGCUGCAGCAGCAAUUGAGCGAUGUCUGCUACCAACAGGCAGCUCAGCUGGAAGGCCGACAGAAUGUCCUGCAGGCGGCGCAGAGCUUCCACAGCACCACACAGGAGUUAUCCCAGCUGUUGGACGGUCUACUGGGCAUGCUCUGUGCUGACGUAGCUCCAGCUGAUGGAGCUUCGAUUCAACAAAACCUCAAACUGUUGGAGGAGAAGCUGCAGACUGUCGAGGCAGGUCUUGCUUCUCUGCGUCAGAAGGGGGCGCUGUUAAUGGAGCAGAUGUGCACCCAGCCGUCAUGGCCUCUGGAGGAAACGGAGAGUCCACCUGGAGAACAGCAGGACAACGUUCAGCACAUCCAGGCUGUGAUGGAGGAGAUGCAGCUCCGCAAGCAGAGGUGUGAGGACAUGGUAGACGUGAGGAGGCUGAAAAUGCUCCAGAUGGUCCAACUGUUCAAAUGUGAAGAAGACGCUUUACAGGCAGUAGAGUGGCUUGGCGAGCUGUUGGACGCCCUUUUGAAGACUCAUGUCAGACUGGGUGACGAUUCUCAGGAGACCAGGACUAUGUUGGACAAACACAGGAAGUUUGUGGAUGUCGCUCAGAGCACAUAUGAUUAUGGCCGUCAGCUGCUGCAGGCGACCGUUGUCCUCUGUCAGUCUCUGCGCUGUACGACGCGCUCGUCCGGAGACACUCUGCCACGACUCAACCGAGUCUGGAAACAGUUCAGCGUCAGCGCUGAGGAGAGACAACAGAGACUGGAGCUGGCUCUGAACUUCCACACCGCGGCUGAGAGGGUGUUACAGCAGGAGUGUGCGGACCCUGAGUCUCUGGAUGAAGUCGACUCUUCAGGGAAAACUCUGCUGGACAGGCUGACCAUGCCUGUUAUCUUCCCUGAUGGGACCGAGCAGUACUUUGGGAGUCCGAGUGACACAGCAGCAGCAGCGGAGGGCGUCAGGGAGCGCCUCCUGCUGGUGGAGGAGCAACGACUUCAGCUGCAGGAGAUGAGGCUUCAUAAUGACGAAGAGGAGGAGGAGGAGGAGCAGGAGGUGCGAACAGGGCUGGAGGCACGGCUGGAUGUGAUAGGAGAGGAACUGAGUGAGAAAGAGGAGCAAGAUGAGGAGGAAGAGGAGGCGGGGCAGCAGGAUGAAGACUUAGAGAGGGCGACGCAGGACUGCUAAUGGAUCACGUUAAUUUGAUCAGCAUUACUGAAGUAUCGUUAACAAAGGGCUGCGGAUUCAUUGUCACCGAAACCUCCAAGUGGUUGCUUCUUUCUCCCUGCGGCAGUAGGUCUUACUGCUAUGCUGGUAUUUUUUUUUUACAUUAAGACUACUUCUUCCACCAGCCUCACAACUUACCCUUCUUUAAAAGAGGAUAAAAAUGUUAAAUGUGAUUUUCUUUCACUCCGUUUAGCUGAAACUGUGAGAACGACUGUCCGCUCUGGAACAACAGCGCCCUCUAACUGUUUUUGCUGCAGUAGAGCGAUCCAGGCGAUUUCAUAAAUGUAAAAUAUUGGCAUUACAUAAUAUUCAUAUCUCUGGAUGCUCUGUUUAAGAUCAACUGUAAAAUAAUAAGUUUGGAUAAGAAUACUUAAAAUGUACAGUUAACACCACAUCCUCUUUCCCUGCAUGCCUCUUGUUUCCCUAAAUGGGUGGAGCUUCCAUGGUGCUAACAUGGUGACCAAGGUUUUUUGUCUGUGCCUCCUCAGACUAUCCGUCUUUCUUGCUUCCUCGUCUUUUUAUUUCCCUCCUAACAGAAGAUAAACUUCAUGGCCUGUACAGGAAGUGCGGAGCUACUGUACAUCAGGUGUACAGCGACCUGAUAGUAUUUCUGCAUCAACAGUUCUCUACAUUUCUCCUGUAGACUGUUGGAGCUUUUCUACCCUGGAAUGGACAUAUAACUUUCCUGGUUGCAUCACCUGUACAAAUAAGCUUAAGUAUAGAGGAGUGAAGUCAAUUACAAGUCCCAAAGAGCAUCGCUAAACAAGAAACAGAGACAGGUUUCUGAAUGUCCUCCUCCUUCAGUUUCCAGGUGAGCUGUUCAAAAUCUGCACGGCUUUCUACGUAACUAGCCAAGAUGAGGUGGCUAACCGUAGCAUGCUAGCACUAGCAUACUAGUUUGUUCUCCAUGGCAAAAGACUGCUACAAGACAUACUAGUUCACCAAAAUCUACAAAAAAACUACUUCCAUGUCCCUGUUCUGCAGGUAUUCCACAAGUGCGCCCUGCCUUGUACUGACCAAAGCUGGAGAAAGAGUUAUCUAGCUGAUGUGAUCCUACCUAGCUACUGUGUGACUCCCAACGAUAUAUAGAAGUGAUAUGUCUCACUUUGUAGCUAAAACAAGUGAGAUGUUUCACUCUGUAGCUAAACACAGAGUGAAAACCGGAUCUGUAGCAAUGUGCAGUACAACAAAAAUGUUUUUUUUUUUUAAAUGAAACCAUGUAAACCUAUUCUGGUACAACCUCAAAAUACAAUUAUGAACCUGAAAAUGAGCAUAAUAUGGGCGCUUUAAAGUAAAAUUCUCCUACAUUUCUGUGUAAGAUAUCAACAUUAUAAAGUAAACAUGGUGAUGUGAUCAUACCUCUGCCUUCUGCUAUUUAGGGGUACGAGGAUGACCUGAGGAAGUGGCCUCGGAAAACAGAAUUGCAAACCAUCGAAUGUGUAAUUCAGUGAACAAAUUAUUUUCUCCCGGGUUCUCUAUCUUGACAAUUACAGAUUUGACCAAAAAAAAAAUACUCAAGUAGAAACACAGAACUAGUAGAAAUAAAUUGAUUAGUAACAACAACAAAAUCAUUUUAGUUCAACCUUCUUGGUAAGAUAGUUUUGGGACUUGUAGUUAACAGAUCUAGAGGCUCCGACCACUUCGCUGCUCUAAAUAAACCCUCUGCCUUCAUAAUGGAAAUCGGUUCAACGUACAAACUGGGAGCACUGGUGGUUGUUUCCCUCAUCGGAACAGGACAAAUUCCUUUUUCUACAUAAUUGACUUUUUUCAAGCAAACCUUGCUAUCAUGGGUUGGUAUUUUUGACCAAUACCUGCUGCUGUAAGUGUAUCAGCUGAAUACUGUGUCUGGCUUUCUGUCCUCUUCGUCCAAUAAUAUAUACACAUGACAUCAUCCUCUAAAUAAAGAAGUGUUUUUGAAGUUGCUGUC